UCCGCUGUGAUUGGAACUCAUUCAAACGCUGCGUGACGACUGCAAACAACGACGGGAUACCGGACCAUGCAAGUACGGCAUGUGUGUUCACUGAUAGAGACGUGUACAUGUAGCCGUUAUUAUUUGAAUCCUGAUCGCUGCACGCGGAUGCUGGUUCUUUUUGUCAGCGACUUGUAGAGUUAGUUGGACGGUACUAAGAGGUGAACUGAAGUGGAAUGUGAAUUUGCAGAGCAACCGAACUCCGGCUACGGGUUAGAGUGCAACACACUUGCUGUUCUCUUGUCAAAGAAAAGCAGACCAGAAUCCCAGUGCAAGCCAUGCACUUCUUUUAGUGUCAGUGUUAAUCGUUACCGAGACAUUCUUUGUUGGACAGAGAGAAACCAUCGUUACACUUCAGGUGAAAUAACCCGCACUGCUUUAUUGUCGCAUGACUGUGCAAAACAAUGGCUUGUUGUUGUUAGUAAAAACAACUACCGCAAACAAAACAAGUUGAACACCUUUUUCGUCUUUAUUGUGAGAAUGUUGUAGGGAAGAUGACGCCCUCGCAGGUUUUGACAACUCGAGUACCAGUCGUGGCAACCGAUACAAUGGAAAGUAAUAUAUCACAAGAGGGCGCUGCGACGUAUGGGCUUAUGACAACGUCAACACCAUACCAUCCUACCAGAGACAACCAACUCGCAAUAGUGGAGAUCCUAAUCACAGCUUCUAUAUUUGUACUGGCAAUCGUUGGUAAUACCAUUGUCAUUGCAGUUCUCUGGCGUAGACGCAAGAGCCUGUCGCGUAUGCACUAUUUUAUCAUACACCUUUGCGUAGCGGAUCUGACUGUAGCUUUCUUAUACACCUUGCCACAGAUGUUAUGGGAUAUUACGUACAAGUUCUACGCCCCGGAUGUUGUCUGCAGGCUUGUCAAGUAUUUUCAACUGUUCCCUGUCUAUCUAUCCACGUAUAUCCUGGUGAUGACUGCAAUAGACAGGUACCUUGCUAUUUGCCACCCUCUAAUGGGUCUGCGACGUAACCAAACGUUUCGCAUGCGCGUUAUGGUGCUCAUAGCAUGGGGAAUAGCUGUGGUAUGCAGUUUGCCCCAGUUGGCUGUUUUCAAACUGAAAAAUCGCACCCCGAACUCACAUCAAGAGUGGAUGGAUUGCCGAGCUAACUUUCAAAACAACGCAGGGGUGAAGGCUUACAUCACCUUCUUCACCAUGGCUAUCUACGUCAUACCCAGCCUGAUUCUGGCUGCCAUGUACGGUAUGAUCUGCCUCACCGUCUGGAAGAACAUGGGCAAGAAUUACAAGUCGUCUGACACCAAGACGCCGCAGCAACCAGCACCGCAGAAAGAGAAUAACAACUGGGAGGACGACGAGACGGACAAACUGAAUCCAGACCAUGUUGAGAUGCAACAACCAACGGUCACCAAGAAGGAGUCCAGCCAGAAAACGCAGGUCCAAUACCGACGUCACGGGGCGGCCGGUAAGGUGUCACGUGCGAAGAUCAAGACGGUCAAGAUGACGCUGACUAUAGUAACCGUCUAUGUGGUCACGUGGGCUCCAUUCUUCGUUGCGCAAAUGUUGUCAGUGUGGACAACAGUUCAAUUUGACUCUUUGUUCUUUGCCAUUGCGCUCCUGCUGACCAGUCUGACGAGCUGCAUCAACCCCUGGAUUUACUUCGCAUUCUCCAGCAACGCCGGGCGAGAUAUCAAACAGACCUUUGGCUGUUUGAAAGUUUCACGGCAAGAUAAUGGUCUUGCUUCCGAUAAGACUCACCACGACGAAACUUCGAGUCGUUUCGUGUCUACAACGGGCACUGCUUCCGCUCACAUGUAGACCACAGACAACGAUUAUACUAGUUUCAUGUACACGGUUGAUUUGCUUUGGAUUCCGGAUGGAAUUCAGUGCCAGGCAAGGCAACACCCCUCCCCGGAUCGAAAAUGAUCAUUGCAACAGCUGCCAUGUCUGCUCACUGUUGGCUUAAUUUGGUUUUGGUUUGGCAUGGAUUCAUUGCAAGUCAAUCUUGUAGAAGAACUCAUGAGUUUAGAACUCAACAGGAAUUUCUCUAUUUACAGCCGCUACUGUUUUUAUGGAUUCAUUUAUCCAACCUUUGUAUUAUAAUUACCUCUGUUUGGUCAUUAUUAUUUUUACCUCAUUUUUGUCUCUGAAAGGUCACCUAUUUAUUGAAAACGACUGAAGCAAAGUGUGGUUGUCUGAUUGGUUUUUGAGAACGAGUGUUUCUUCAUAUAUAUUAUAUUAUUUUGUUUACUAAUGUUUUGUUUCUGUUUUGGAAAACUUGGUUUAAUUUACUAUCGAUAUUCGUAAUAGAUACUAAUUGAAUGCAAUGGGUUUUAGAGUGAGUAAUUGUACAAAUUCAUAUGAGGAGUAAUCUGGAACAGUUUUGCUGAAACAUUAUAGCAACUCGUCCAUUGGAUCUUAGGUUUUGUAAUUUUAACAAUUAUUUUUCGAAAUUUUCUUCGAGUUGAUUUCGACAAUUCAAUAAUAUUUGUCAAACUUAUUCUUUGAUGCACAGCCAUGUUUUACCACCAGUAUGUCUCUUCAAAGACGUUUAUAAGUUCGAUUUUCCUUUUCGGAUGCGUAAGCUAUCAUCAAGAAUUACACGCAGGCCAUCAUGGUCAUUGCCCCUGGCCUUGGUGCCCUUCAAAUGUUUCGCAUUUUCCAAUGGAAAUGCCCUUUGCAAAGUGAAAAUGGCCUUGCCCUUUCAAAGAUGAAAGUUCCAAGCCUAUAACAUGAUAAAGGAGUGAACUCUCAGAACUGGUGCUAACCAUCCACAGAAAACAUUAAAUACACCUUCCAUCCUCGAUAACGUCUGGUUUGAAGUCGUUUUGGUAAAAACUUGCAUUGCAGGGGGGGGGGGGGGGAACCAAA